AUGGCUGAAGAUCCGCCACGUAACGAAGGUGCCGGUAUGAGGCCAUGUCACAACAGUCCACGAAGGCUUGCUCAUCUUGCAAGACCUCCCAGAGGUGCAAGACAGACGGAGAUGAAAACCGGUCUCUUGCAACUGUUAUAUGCUAACCCUUUUACAGGUUUAUCACAUGAAGAUCCAUACAAUCAUUUGGUGAAGUUCUAUGAAAUAGCCGGUUCACUUGGUGCUCCUGAAGCGGAGGAGGAAGCGGUGUUCAUGAGAAUGUUUCCACAUUCAUUGAUAGGAAAGGCCAAAGAUUGGUACCUUGAUUUACCAGCUCAAGUCAUGACAAAUUGGAAUACUUUGGAAGAGAAGUUUCUUGAUCGGUUCUUUCCACAUCAUAAAUUCAUGGAGUCAAAGACAUCAAUUGCGGUGUUUUCUCAAGGCUCCAAUGAGACUCUAUGUGAAGCAUGGGAUCGAUACAAAGCAAUGCUGCGUAAAUGCCCUAAUCAUGGAUUUGAUGAACUAACCCAAAUUCAUAUUUUUAGAAAUGGUCUUUUGCAGGAUUCAAAGCUCCUUUUAGAUGCAACAGCAGGUGGUUCUCUCUUAUCAUUGAGUGCUGCAGAUGCUACGACUAUCAUUGAGAAAAUGUCACUUAGUGAUCGACAAAGUGAACGCAGCAAAACUCAAAGGAAGCCUGGGAUUCUUGAACUUGAUCCGUCAGAUGCUGUAUUGGCUCAAAAUAAACUUCUUACCAACACAGUGGAGGAGUUAUCCAAACAAAUGUCAAAAUUGAUGACUCUUCAAGAAGGAUCGGGGAAAGCAAAGCAAGUAGCAUCAUGUGAAUUAUGCACCGGAAAUCAUCCAACUGGUCAUUGUCCUCCAUCUCAUGAAGAGGUGAACUUCAUGGCAAAUCAACAAAGACAAAGUCAGUAUCCGAAUAAUGCUGGCUAUCAAAGGGGAAAUAACUCAAACUAUGGUCAAGGUUGGAAACAAGAUGGUGGCUCAGCAAAUAGGCAAAGACAAUAUGAAAGCUACAGUCAACCACCGGUACAACAAACUCAAAAUUCAAAUUUGGAAGAAGCUUUGAGAUCAUUCAUAGAGAUGCAGACCAAACAGAAUCAACAACAAAAUGUGAUGAAUCAACAACAAAAUCAGUUUGUGCAAGAAACUCAAGUCUACCAAAGAGGCAAUGAUGCGGUGUUAAGAAAUCUUGAAACUCAGAUUGGUCAAAUAGCAAAAGAAAUGGCCAAUAACAAAAAUCCAGGAGGAUCAUUUGCAGCAAAUACCGAACCAAAUCCAAAAGAGCAAUGUAAGUCUGUCACAACUCGAAGUGGUAAGGAGGUAGGAAAGGGAAUCGGUGACAAAACAGAAGAGGAGGUUUUGACAAGAAAAGAAAAAGAGGGAGUAGAAGUAAGUGAGAAGGAAGUAGAAGAAAAUAAUGAGGGAGAUUUAGUUGAAAAUCAAAAAAAUGAAAAAAAUGAAAAAAAAGAAGAGUUUGAGGGAGAAGUAAGUGAGGAGAAGAGGAAAAAGAAACAAAAGGCAAGAGAAGAGAAAAGUAUUCAGAAAAAUCCACCUGUUCAACACUUACCAUAUCCUCAUGCUCCAUCAAAGAAAGACAAGGAAAGGCAAUAUGCAAGGUUUCUCGACAUAUUCAAAAGAUUGCAAAUAAACAUUCCAUUUGCCGAGGCCUUAGAGCAGAUGCCGACUGCUAUCAUUCAACGCACUCUUCCGACAAAAGAAAAAGAUCCGGGAAGAGUCACGUUGCCGGUUACCAUUGGUAAUGUGAAUGUUGGAAAAGCUCUCAUUGAUCUAGGGUCAAGCAUUAACCUCAUUCCGUUAUCAGUAAUUAAACGGAUUGGUGGUCUUGAUGUGACCCGAACAAGAAUGACACUACAGCUAGCCGACAAAUCAAUCACACGUCCUUCGGGAAUGGCGGAAGAUGUUCUUGUAAAGGUUGAUAAGUUCAUGUUUCCAAUUGACUUUGUGGUGAUGGAUAUUGAAGAGGAUGAUGAUGUUCCGUUGAUUCUUGGAAGGCCUUUUAUGAAGACAGCUCGUAUGAUGAUAGAUAUUGAUGACGGGGUGAUGAAAGUUCGAGUACAAGAUGAGGAAGUUAGCUUCAAUCUGUGGGAAGCUAUUAAGCAUCCAAAUGAGAAGGAUAUAUGUUUUAAGUUAGAUGCAACUGAUGAAGCCAUCUUAGAUGUAAGGAAACAAGCACAUCAACCUUCAUCACUCGAACAAGCCCUAACUGAAAGUUUUGAAGCACUUGAUCCUGAGAAAGAAGAAGAAGUUGAGAGUUUUCUGAAGCAGCUGGAUGCUUUGAAGGAAGUAACUCCUUUAGAAGCAAAGAUUGAGGAGCUUAAGAAUGAUGAAAGACCGGGUGAAGUGAAGCUUGAGUUGAAAACAUUACCAUCUCAUCUCAAGUAUGCAUUCCUUGAAGAAGAAGAAAAAAAGCCGGUGAUCAUUAGCAACUCAUUGUCAGCUGAUGAAGAAAAAAGCUUGAUUCAAAUUCUGAAAGAAAACAAAGAAGCAAUCGGGUGGUCUUUAUCCGAUCUCAAAGGUAUUAGUCCAUCUUAUUGUAUGCAUAAUAUUAUGAUGGAAGAUGAUUACAAACCUGUUGCUCAACCUCAACGUCGAUUAAAUCCAACAAUGAAAGAGGUGGUGCGAAAGGAGUACUUGGGUGAGUCCGGUCCAGGUGGUCCCGAAGAAAGGUGGGAUGACAGUAAUCACAAAUGA